UGCGGGGCAAGAGAGGAAGAGUAGGAGAGAGAGCAGACGUUUGUAUCAUUUUACUGUCACGGAAGUAGGGAUUAUCAUUCCGUAAUUGUCGGAGACUUUUUUUUGGAAGAAGGCACGCCAGCCUGGAAAGUUUCGUGCAACUUUCGUGCUUACCUUUUGGAGGGAAAGUUUCCAUUCCCAUCGUUGUGGAUCUGAUCCGCAGGUGUCUCGACUGCAUGACAAACCUUGAUGCAAGGUCUCGGCACUUUCUGCUGUAGUGUGUUAAUUUUUACCGCCGUUAUCUGAAAAAAACUGUUGGAAUGUGAAGGAUUGUAGUUUCGGUUGCCAACCUUAUAUGAACAUGUGCUGUUGGCAGAAUCAUCUGCCAUGGGGCGUCAACUGCGCGGAAUCCUUAUCGAAGAACUAAUCGGAUGACGUCCCAAAGAAACACAGAAGCAAAAUAUUGUCUGACACUUUGCUUUCUAAGCAGAUAAACUGACAGCGAGCUAAGCACAUCAAGAUGCACUGGUGCGCACUUGCCUUCCUAAUCUCCGGAGUUCUUCCACGGUCUCUCAAUGCGCAGGACAACCUACCUGGCACAGUGGGCGACUGCUGCGAGGGUGACGUCAUCAUCGUGCUGGACGCCUCCAGCAGUGUGGCGGCGUACGAGUUUGCCAACAUGGUGCACUUCCUGUCCGACCUGAUGCGUCCCUUCCUGCUGGGCCGCGGCCGCGUGCGCGUGGGCCUGCUGCAGGUGGGCACGGAGCCGCGCGUGGAGUUUGGCCUGGACACCCACACCAGCCAGGCUGCGCUGGAGCGCGCCAUCCGCCGCACGCAGCAGCUGCAGGGGGACACCAACACGGCCAGCGCCCUGCGGCUGGCUCAAACCAUGCUGGGCGUCCGGCCAGGGGCAGGAGGAGGUGGUGGUGGAGGGGGGCCUCCCAAGGUGCUCCUGUGGCUGACUGACGGCGUGGAGCCGGGCCCGAUACACGAGCCCAUGGAGGAGCUGCGGCAGGCGGGCGUCACCGUGAUGGCACUCUCCACGGGGUCGGGGAACUACCAGGUGCUCCGCCGCGUGGUGUCACCGCCCGUCGAGGAUCACCUGCACUUUGUGGACGUGGACGACAUCUCCAUCAUCACAGAGGACCUCAGAGAUGCCAUCAUUGAGGUCAUCCGUGCCGACCGGCUCCAGGUGCGUGACGUCACCAAGACCACGGCCGUGCUGCAGUGGAGGCCGGUGCUGACCGCCAGUACGGGCACCUACGAGCUGCACUACAGGUCCACGGCGGGAGGACAGAGGCCGGUCAGACGGACCUUGCGUGGAGACUCCAGCCAGCUGCAGCUCACCAAUCUGAGGCCCGGCACCGAGUACACGGCCUCUCUCACACCGGAGACCAACCAGCAGCCACUCAAGACCCUCAGCGUCAGCUUUACCACACUGUCGGAUGUUCCGAUUGUCCAGUUCAGAAAUCCGACCACGGUCUCCAUUUCCGACUCGGGCUCUGACCGUGUGCGCGUGAGCUGGGGCCCGGUGGAGCCCAGUCGGGUCCGGCGCUACCAGGUGGAGUAUGCGGUCCUGCCCGGGGGACAGGUCCAAACGGUGGUGCUGAGGAACCACGAGAACACCACCCUGCUGACCCAGCUGCAACCCAACUCACAGUACCUGGUGACGGUCAGCGCACAGCUCUUGGACGGCCAGGAGACCGCCAUGUCGGUCAAAGCAUGCACUCAGGAGGUGCUAUUGCCUCUGGAGGACCUCCGUCUGAAACCUGCUGGCCAGGACUCGGUGAAGGUGGAGUGGCGUGGUCGUGCUGAUAGAGUCGAGGGAUACUGGGUGAGCUGGGACAAAACUACAUCCUCGUCCUCUGGGUACCAUUCUUCAUCAUCAUCAUCAUCAUCAUCAUCCUCCUCAUCGUCAUCAUCAUCUUCCUCCCAGUAUCUGCCACCCAGCUCUGUAUCCACCUUCCUCACCAACCUGGCACCCAACAGUCGGGUGUGCGUAUCGCCCGUCUACAAGACAGCGCGGGGGGAGGGCCUGUGCUGCACACACAGGCAUUAAGCUCUCUCCUUUCUCUCCAAUCUUGUGGAUGUCUCCUGGCUGAAUCUGACCUUGUCACCUGGCUGCCGGAGCUUGGUUGUGGAUGUCCUGUUCUUCGCACUCACUUUGAAUUCAAGAGCAGCAAAAUCCAAGGCCCUCCCUCUGCUGGGAAAUAAGACGGCGUCUUCUCACUCUGCAACCCCCACCCUUCAGUCUUGCUGUUGCUUCUCUGCGCUCCAGGAUUCUGCCCUUGUAGAUUAGGAAUUCAAUAUUGUUGUUUUUUUAUGCUAGGAGCUUGAAUGUAUCUGCAGCUAAGGUCAUGAAUAACAGUAAGUAUAGGUCAACUGACAACCACAACAUUUCGGAUCAGUCUGAAAGGAUAGAGGUGCAUGAUGGUGUGGGUAGAGGUACCAAUGAUGGUCCGGGAACAUCAAAUGGUAAUUUGUUUAUUUUAUUUUUUUGCACCAUGCUGUGCUACUGGUCAACCCACGAAGGACUUGUUGAAUUCUUGUUACGGAUAUUGUCAGAUAUGUGUUCUGUGGCCCUGUUCCAAGGUCAACAUUAUAAUAAAAAAUACAUGUGCCAGGCCCAUAGUUGAUGAAAGUCAUAAUUCUAUUAGGGCGAGUCUGUGGCUCACUGUGCUAAGGCACCCUUGGCUGAUUAUCAUCGACUUUCAAAUUUCGUACCGAGAUGUUGGUCUGAUCAAAAAGAUAACAAAUAACGUUUCCCAAACGUCCUGGUUGACCUGCCUCCUUUUGGCUUGCUACUGGUCGAGGCCAGAAAAGGCUGUGCCAAAGUUUAAACCAAACAUUUUCUUAGUCCCAAUAGAACGUCUCUGCUUAAACCAUGUCACUGCCUUGAACACGCCUCUUCCCAGGGACGUUGGAGCUGCUCAAAGGUGAUUGCUUCCCGACAAAGUGGGUGGUGUUUCCGAUUUCUCCAGAGCGAAACAAUAUUUGUAUUGCUCCUGGCAUGAAUAGAAGCAACGCAGAAGGUGUCGCGCCACUAGGACGGCAUGGCCUGGCCAAAGGAACCCAUACCAUGUGCAUGGGGACCCAGGUUCGAGUCCGGUCUGAGUCCUAUGCCAAUCCUGCCAUGCCUCUUUCUCUCUCUCCCUCUCUCACCCACUUAUUUCCUGUCUCCAUCUUUGACUGACAUGUCUCAAUAAAGGCUAAAAUGCCCAAAGACAACUAUUUAAAAUAAUAAAUGAUCCUAUAAGAAGAUCAAUUUACAGUAGCCAUUUCCUUAAUCAAAACCUUUAUUAGGAUAUUUCAUCCUUUGUUUUGUUUGUCUACCAAGGUUUGUCCACAGAACAGAGGCCAGACACUAUUACCCGGAAUGCACUUACACAUACAGAAGGCACUCAUAAUGUCACUGUCAACAAUGCCUACAGUAUAUUCUAAAUAUGCUUAGGAGGCACA